UCCGCUCCCGCCACCUGUUGCAAGCGGGCGCCCUCCGCACGCGCUCCUCCCCGGCCCGGCGGGCGGGUCCUCCCUCGACGCCCCCCCUGCCCCCCCCAGGCAGCCACCGCCUGGCUGGGGGAUUCUGGGAACUGAAGCCCACUCCUCUUCCACUCGCUUGCCGUUUUAGACGCCGCCCUGCUGAAACUGCGGGCGUGCUUCUCGUCCACUUUUGCAGGAAAAGGAAAGAGAGAAAAAAAAACCGGAAUGGAGGAUGCCAACUGCCGGGAAGUGGGCUUUGCGCCCCCCUACCGGGAAGGGCAGAGACCCCCGCCCUGGAAGGAGGAGAAGCUCCCACCUGGCGUCCGGGAAGAUCUGGACGAUCCUGGGGAUGCUGCAGGGAGAGGUCCAGCCUUGGCCCAGAAGGCAGGCCCUGAAGCUGAGCUCUGCCUCCUCCCCCCUUCAAAACCCAGCGAAUCCUUCCAUCAAGAGCGAUGUGCCGCCGUCACCCAGGUCCUGUGUGAAAUGCUUCUGGAGAAGCAGCCGGCCUACCACGACUGUUUGGGCAACCUGGCGGCGUUCAUUCUGGAGCGAGAGGUGGCUGAGAGCCAGGGCGCUUGCCGAGAGACGUACGAGCUGGUGGCCCUGGGGACGGGGGAUGCUUGCUACAGCGGCUGGAUGGAGUUUGAUGGCCACAGACUCCAUGACUUGCACGGCCUGGUGGUGGCCCGCCGAGCCCUGAUGAGGUACCUCUACAAGCAACUCCUGUUGUGCUGUAGCCAGGAUCCUGUUGCGCUCAAGGAGGGCAUCUUUUGCUGGGUCAAAGGCGAGGAGCACCUCAGGUUGAAGCCUGAGUGCCACCUGCACCUCUACCUGAGCCAAAUGCCACACGGAGCAGCAAGCAAACUCCACUCCCGCUUGUUGCAGUCGAACCCUUCGGCCGACCUUCACGUCACGGUCAAAGGGCAGUUCACCUCGGUCUCGUAUUGCUCUCCCACCAUGCUGUCCAGCCACGUCUACUGUGCCUCUGGCAGUGACAAGCUGACCCGCUGGAGUGUCCUGGGGGUCCAAGGGGCCCUGCUCAGCCACUUCCUUCAACCCGUGUACAUCACCAGCAUUGUCCUAGCUGACCCUUACCACAACUGUGACAGUCUCCAUCAGUUCAUCAACGAGCGGGUUCAGCUGGGACCGGGGGAGGGCUUGCCUGCUCCGUACUGUCACAAGAAGAUCUACCUCUUCGAAGGCCCCCCCGUGGCCCCUCCCAGCUCCUCGUCAGAAUGCGCCUUGCUGAGUCUCAACUGGUGCGCAGGAGACGAGAUGCUGGAAUGUGUGGACGGAGCUGUCGGGAAGGCAGAAAGGGACAUUGCAGAUCCAGGAGGCGAAUCCCAACCUAGCCGGCUCUGUAAGGCUGCCAUGUUGAAAUCCUUCAGGAAGGUGGCCCAGGAGAUGAACAGAGAGGACCUGGUGUUGCUGUCCACCUACCAUGAAGCCAAGGUUCAUGCUACAGCUUACCAGAAUGCAAAGCUCCAACUAUACACUUACUUGAGUGUGCAGGGUUUGAGUAAGUGGCCUCAAAAGCACCUGGUUGACAGUUUUUGCAGAUAGACUGGCCUAGGCAGCUGAAGACCACUCCAGCCAGUGGAUAGGAGCAAGUUCAAGCAAGAUCUUCUUCUCAAUUUCGUUCCCUAACUUAUGGGACUGUUGAUGUUAGUAAGUUUCAACUCAAGACUUGUAAAAGUAGCUGGUUUCAACAAGCCGGAAGAAUGGUUAACUCCCAUUUUGGGUUCAGGCCUAAUGUUCAGACGAGAUGAAACUGUGUUGGUGAGCAGAAAUGAAGGCUGUACUCUCAGGUCUUCCUUCAGUCAAGACCCCUGAAUUUAUCUAGAACAGGGGUCUCCGAACCUGGUAACUUUAAGACUUGUGGACUUCAAUUCCCAGAAUUCCCCAACCCGCUUCUGGGAGUUGAAGUCCACAAGUCUUAAAGUUGCCACAUCUGCAGAUCCCUGAUCUAGAACGUAGGUCUGUUGUGUUUUUCACAAACAGGUUUUCACUGUUUUUCAGUUAACACAUGAAAAAAAGUCACACAAAUACCUGAGAGCAAAACAGCACGAAUAAACAGUUGCACUACUUUUGGGAAAAAAAUCCAGAUACUUCCAAAAAGCAAAUUUUGAAUGAUGUUGAGGGUGGAAUGUUUUUUUUUUAAUCUGUACAAAAUAUAUUCACUUGUAUAUUACCUUCUGUAGAUGGAAACCUUCUAUUCUUUCAGAGUUAACAGUAGGAUCCAGGUAAGCAUGUAGAGUUGUUUUUAAGCAAAUUACAGUCUUCUUAAUUUCAGUGUUCCUGCCCCCCUUGUUAAUUUUUAGAAUCGCCCUUGACGAAAUUGCAAUGUAUGCAGAUUUUUUUUAAAGACAUAUGUUAUUUUGCUUGUUUGGAAAUAUGUUUGCUCGGCUGCUAUUUUUGUAGACCCAACUUGGCCGCCCAACAUCCAAUUUAGAAAGUGGUGAUAUCAGACAUUGUUAGGGUCUUGCUCCAAAAUGCUCUCCAGCAUUGAAACCUUGUUUGGAGUCACGCUAAGCCCAAGUGUGGAUUAUCUGGGUUUGUCUGGAUACAUGGUGAGACCCUAUCAGGUGUGUUUCAUUCAAUAAACCAUAAUUAAGCAAACUGGGCUUAGCAAGCAGG